AUAACAGCAAAUGAAAAAGGAAAUUCACAAAUGGGUGCCGGUUCAACAGGAUAUCGGGUCCGGGUGGAGUUUGGGGUCUGAUAAUUUGGUAGAGAUAAACCUGUGAACUUUAUCCUCAGAGCAGUAAACCGAAGAAUGAUCCAGGCCCAGGGAACAGCGCAAGUCAUUGAUUCUUGAUGCUUCCAAGCUUCAAUUUUUGCACAUAUUACCAACAAGGAAGCUGAGAAUUAGUGCAGCUAGACAGUGGUCGUAGAAGAGAAUGCUAAUCCAUUGCACCUUUUCACCUCCUUCGCAACACUGUGACAGCACCACAAUUCUUGUCCCAAAUUUAAAGCCAAGAAGCAAGAAUCAGUGGCCCAUAUCCUGUGCUUUCUCCAUAUUCCGCGGUAAUGGGACGUCUCUUCGUUACCUUUCAAGAAAGCCCACAAAAAGGAAAUUCAGGGUCCCGAAGCUUUCUCUUCAGGUACUAGGAAAGGAAGGCGGGAGGUAUUCAUCCUUGAUCUUGACAAACGUUGAAGAGUUCUCAUCAGUUGGUGAGGAGAUACAACGAGUAGAAGGACCUUUCCUGUUUGUUUCCACUGUUUUAUGUUCGUCGCUUUUAUUGUUGGCACCUGUUCAAGUGGCACAAGCAAGUGAAGGUGUAGGAGCAAAUGUGGUAUAUGAGGUUGGGGAGCUGUUUGAACUGGGUAUCCAACUGUCCUACUUGCUUUUACUCCUAGCUUUGCUCGGGGUUGGGACCUUCUUCGUGAUUCGUCAAGUCCUAGUGCGCAGAGAACUCGAUCUUUCUGCAAAAGAAUUGCAAGAGCAAGUUAGAAGUGGUGAUGCUAGUGCAACUGAGUUAUUUGAACUUGGAGCUGUGAUGUUGAGAAGAAAGUUCUAUCCAGCUGCCACCAAGUAUCUUCUUCAAGCAAUCGAUAAAUGGGACGGGGACGACCAAGAUCUCGCUCAAGUUUAUAAUGCGCUUGGUGUCACUUACAUUCGUGAUGGGAAACUCGAGAAGGGCAUCUCCCAGUUUGAGAACGCUGUCAAACUUCAACCCGGUUAUGUCACCGCCUGGAACAACCUUGGCGAUGCCUACGAGAAAUCCGACGACCUCAAAUCCGCUCUAAGGGCAUUCGAAGAAGUUCUGCUCUUCGACCCUAACAACAAAGUCGCACGUCCCAGAAGAGAUGCCCUCAAGGAAAAAGUCGACAUGUACAAAGGAGUUCCCAUCAAAUCGAAGAAGAAAUGACCUCAUCGUUCGUACGUUCUUUUACGCAAACCUCUUAGGCAUUAAUCUUGGAUUUAUCUUAAAGCUUAGCUUGUAUUCAUAGCUGCUCUAGUCAGAGAUAUCUUCCAGUUUUCAUAUACCGGGAAUUUGUCUAUGCAACUCAUCCACAGAUAUUACUUCUCAUUCACAAACUGAACAUUUUUCUAGAGGGUGAUGAAGAUCACAUCAUCUCUUGCACAAAGUCUUGCUAAAUUUUUCACC